GGGUGGUAUUGAACUUGAAGGGCCCAUCAGAGACCCUCUACAGACGUCUGAUGACGUGUCUGACAGCAUUUUGCCCCACGAGCGCAGUCAGUAGAGCGUGCACUGAUACACAAUCAUCAGAUAGAUGCAGAAUGAGACGCAAUAUUUGUAGAAAAUACUAUAUCCAGUGCACGGCACGCUUUCCAGAAGGUUUCUCUCCGACAAGUAGCUAUUUUUUAUGAAUUCAUGACGGUUUGAAAGAGAUGCUUUACUUGGAGGCGGUUAGAGGAAAAAGGUCGACAUGACAAGCUAUUAGCUAGACAUAAUUUGAAGAAAGACAGCAUUCAUGCUGUGUUGCUGUGGAUCACCCUGACAUAGAAUUCUAUCGUUUUCCGACGAUCUACAGACAAAACACGGAUAAUUGCAACUGCAUCAACAAAAAUGGAGAGGAAAACAUCCCUUGUUUUGGGGAGAGAACGAAGGACCAACACCGUUAACUGAGUAGCUUGCUAGCUGAUACCGAGGCUUGGAUGUUGUUGUUUUGUCAGGGUAGUUAUCUAAAAUAUGAAUACAGCAUUGAAGCCAUGGUUUGUUUUGAACUAGUUAACGUUAGCUAAUUACGUUGUAAGUAGCUAGCUAGCUGGGACAUUAGCCAGCCACCUUACUAGCUAGCUAGCUAAGUCAUAACAAGCCAAUUGCAAAUUGUUAUUUCAGCUGGCUAGCGAACUUGUUAGCCUGCUAGCUAGCUAGCUAGGUCGUUUAUUAUUGGACAGGAGCCUUUUCUUAGUACAGUAGUUAGGAGUUGACUGCUGAAGAGUGGCAGUCAAUUAAUCUGUCUGUUCAUUGUGUCCAGUUAUUCUCUAGUAAUGAACCUUGUAUUUACCUUAGGACCGUAUCUUUAAAUGGCACUGAUACGGAUGUAGUGAGCCAUCCACUCCAUGGUGCAAUACAGGAGUUUAUCAGACUUGACUGAAUCUAGCUUGAAAGUGGUUGGCACUUAACCAGAAGGGUCAUUACAUGGUUUUAGAACAGAAUUCUACAAAUGUUUGUAGAGAACAUUACAUAAAACUUGAUUGACAGCACUGAAGUCCACUGCUUCGUUAUGCGUCUCUCCUCCUUCCUGGCCGUGUUCAGGCCUGCUCUUCCCCUUAUCCUGGGGCUCUUUUUGGGAUGCAGCCUGAGCCUGCUGAUGGUCUCCUGGACCCAGGGAGACACAGAUGACUCGUGUGGAGAUGAACUGGGCGAUAGGGGUCUCUUCCUGGGCAGCAAUAGGGGAGACCUCCCAGGGGACCAGAGAGGUGGUCCUGGGAAUGAGGACUUCCAGCCACGCGUAGUACCAUACCACAAGGACCCCAACAAACCACACAAGAAGGUCCUCAGAACGCGCUACAUCCACACAGAGCUGGGCAUCCGAGAGCGCCUCCUGGUGGGCGUGUUGACCUCGCGGGCCAACCUCAACACGCUGGCCGUGGCGGUGAACCGCACCGUGGCCCACCACUUCCACCGCACCUUCUUCUUCACCGGCCUGCGCAGCCCCAAGGUCCCCCACGGCAUGGCGGUGGUGGCCCACGGCGAUGACCGGCCCGUGUGGCUGAUGUACGAGACUGUGCGCCACCUGCACCAGCACUACGGCUUGGACUACGACUGGUUCUUCCUGGCCCAGGACGACACCUACAUGCAGGCCGAGAGGCUGGCCGAGCUGGUGGGCCACCUCAGCGCGGGACAGGACCUCUACAUGGGCCGGGCCGAGGAGUUCAUUGGUGGGGAGGAGAGGGCCAGGUACUGCCACGGGGGUUACGGCUACCUGCUCUCCCGCAGCCUGCUGGCCCGCCUGCAGCCCCACCUGGACACCUGCCGCAACGACAUCCUCAGCGUCAGGCCUGACGAGUGGCUGGGCCGCUGCAUCAUCGACUACCUGGGUCUCAGCUGUGUGGAGGUGCACCAGGAGAUGACAUAUCGCUACUUUGAGCUGGGGAAGAAUGCAGACCCAGAGCGAGAGGACAGAGCCCAGUUUAAGAAUGCCUUCACAGUCCACCCUGUGUCAGAACCCAGCCUCAUGUACCGCCUGCACAAACGCUUCAGCCAGAUCGAACUGGACUGGACCUACCUACAGAUACAGCAGCUGCAGGUCCAGAUCAACAACCUGAGUGAGUUGACCCCAGAGGGUAAGGUGGGGGCCAUCUGGCCAAUCGGGGUCAAUCCUCCCUUCAGGCCCAAGACUCGUUUCGAGGUCAUCAACUGGGAGUACUUCACCGACGAGCACAUCUACUCAUGCUCCGACAGCUCCCCCAAGUGUGAGCUGCGGGGCGCCGACCGGGCCGACGUGAGUGCCGUGCUGGAGACGGCCGUGGAGCGCCUCAACGAGCGCUACCAGCCCCAGCUGCGCUUCAGGAAACGCCACCUGCUCAACGGCUACCGGCGCUUUGACCCCACCCGGGGCAUGGAGUACGUGCUGGACCUGGCCCUAGAAGCCUUCACCCAGAAAGGUCACAGCCAGAUCAUCACCAAGCGGGUCAGCCUGCUCCGCCCCCUCAGCGCUAUCGAGAUCAUCCCCAUGCCCUAUGUGACGGAGGCCACCCGGGUGCAGGUCAUCCUGCCCGUCACGGCCCGCGAGCAGGACUUUGUGAGCAACUUCCUGGAUAUGUAUGUGAUGAAUACACUGGACAUGCACGACAACGUCCUGCUCACCUUCCUGUUCAUCUACGACCCCUUCGACGCCCAGCGGGUCAGCCAGUUGGACGUGUUCGCUAGGAUCAAGGCCAUGAUCGGCGAGGUGGAGAAGCGCUACGGCGAUGUGAAGAUCCCCUGGAUCAGCGUGAAGACGGAGGUGCCCUCGCAGGUCAAGCUGAUGGACAUCAUCUCCAAGAAGCACCCGGUGGACACGCUCUUCUUCCUGGCCUCGGUGUGGACCGAGGUCAACGCCGACUUCCUUAACCGCUGCCGCAUGAACGCCAUCAGCAACUGGCAGGUGUUCUUCCCCGCCCACUUCCAGGAGUUCAGCCCAGCCAUCGUGUACCGCGACCAGCAUUCCUCGGUCUCAUUCGCUGCAGAAGCGCCGCGCGACGGACACUUCGACCGCCACGUCUUCGAGGAAGCUUGCUUCUACAAUGCCGACUACAUGGCGUCACGCACCAAGAUGGCCGCCGACAUCCUGGACAAUGACGAGCUGCUGGAGAGCAUGGACGUGUACGAGAUCUUUGUGCGCUACUCGGGCUUACAUGUGUUCCGGGCGGUGGAGCCGGCGCUGGUGCAGAAGUAUCUGCGGCGGGCGUGCAACCCGCGCUUCAGCGAGGACAUCUACCACCGCUGUAUGCUCAGUAACCUGGAGGGUCUGGCCUCGCGGUCCCACCUAGCCUUGGCCCUGUUUGAGCAGGAGCAGGCCAACAGCACCUAGGGGGUCUAGUGGUGCAUUUCCACUGCAGGCUUUUUUUGGGGCCAGGCCUCAGAAGGCAACAUCUUUGGGCCAAACACUGGUGCAAAGCCUGACAGUGGAAAUGCACCAUAGGUUUACCAUCUACAAUGACUUGAUACCUUUGGCCUUCUUUAUGAACCUCAACCACACUGCCUAGACUUUUGGACGAGGCAUAUUAUGGGAUGUUGAAUCUCCAAACGGAUCCCUAAGAACUAAGAACCCAUGUGCAAUCUUAGGCCUGCAAAGACUGAGGAGUGAUGUUACAACGUGUAUUCCUGUGUGCAGGCUGGCAGAACUCUGUGCUUUCACUCCAAUGGUAGCCCAAGGGGAGGCUCUAUCGGUAGGUGAUGAAUGAACAAUGAGCAGCAUUGAUGUCUGAUGUUUCCGUAUGUGUUUUACCUUGAGAAAACCACCAUGAGCCAUAUGUCUUUCUUCAUGACUGUGCUGAAUUAUGAUUCUAAUACUGGAUUUAAAGAGAAGCCAUUGAGUGUAUGUGUGUAUUUUCUUUAAAUUGACGCUUAGUUUUCUUAGUAUGUCUAACCCUUAGAGAGUGUGAUUUGUUUCAUGUGGUCAUGUGGUUUGUUUCAUUCCCUAGACCGAUACGGUCUGUUUUUUUAUUUUUCUACGGAUAUUAAAGGCUGAUGUCGCA